AUGUUGGCCGGCGGCUUGGGCUCUGCGACCGUUUCCAUGGUUACCAGGUCCAACUACAGCUCCUCGGCAGGGGCGGGUUCAGGAGGCGUGAAGAGGGGCGGCGCACAGGGGUCUGCAUCCUCUGCUGUCAGCUUCUCCCCCACCCCCACGGAGAGAAAGAGCAUGACCACCACCAUGACUGCCCGCUCCAUGGGCUACGAAGCUGCAGCAAGUGCAGCUGCCAGUACACCCACCAGAGGGCGGAGCCACAGUAGAGAGAGUGAGAUCAGAUGCAGACUGCAGAGUGCCUCUCCCACAGCCAAAAGAUGGACGGAGCUGAAAGACGUGAAGCGGCUGCUGAAGGGGAGUCGCUCCAGCAGCAUCAGCCCCCCUCGCUCCCCCACCAGCACCCUCCCUAUCCCCAGGAAGGCCCGCGUAGAGACCAGAACCAUGCCAAACAGCUCCCAGUCAGGCCAGUACGACAGCGCCACCCUGGACUUAGGAAUGCCUUCCUACAUGUGGUCGUUGCCCCACGACUGGAGGCUAUGGUUACCACAGCAACGCCAUCAACCUGUCCCCCACCUCCACCCUCCAACACUCACCUAUCACACUCACAGCCACAGGGCUUCAGAACAACCUGGCCCUCAGCUCUACAUCCAUGAACUCUGGACUCUCUGCCUCUACAGUCCCACCAGUGAAGAGGCCAAAGAAUACAAAUUCAUGCUGCUGGAGAAAGAGAGCGCUCCCGUCAAAAAGGAGACGGAGAGACUCGUCAUGGCCAAAGAUACCGGCAAACAGUUCUCCUCUGCUGCCACUGCUAUUGCCUAUUCUGAGGACUCACUGAAGAAGGUGUCCAGCUUUGUGGAGACAGCUACAGCCAGAACCACAGAAGCUAACGCUGGAUCCUUGACGAAAGUGUCAAUGAAAGACAAAGCAACCUAUCCAGAGAUGCGUAAGGACGAGUCUGGAGGAGGUCUGGGCUUCUGGUCCUGCUGCUCCUGUUGGAAGUGGCUGCUGGGCCUCCUGCUGGGUCUUCUGCUCCUCCUGGGGCUCCUCCUGGGACUCAUCGCCCUGGCCGAAGAAGUCAGACGUCUUAAAGCUCGUGUGGAUGCCUUGGAACAAGCCUCCAGCUCUUCCUCAGCCCAUUCCAGUCGCCUCUCCUCCUCCUCUGCCAUCAACAUCAUAGACCCUCUGGGGUCUGCGUACAUAGACAAGACUUCCUCUACCUCCUCUACCACACUGCUCCGCUCUGAUAAUGGUAUCAAUCUGGGAGUGGCAGCAGGAGCAGGUCCAGGAUCAGCUAAUGGACGAGGCCAAGACUCUGUAGCUCUGCAAAGGGCAGUACAGCAGAUAGUCAGGACUGAGCUGCAGUCCGAUACUGUACGAGCAACACUUGUACACUCAAUGAAAGGAGCGAGAGGAGAGCCUGGGACCAAAGGUGACCAAGGUGGUCCAGGAGUCAAAGGUGAUAACGGAUUUCCUGGCCUACCAGGUCCUCCAGGUCAGAUGGGCCACAGUGGACAGGAGGGCCCGAGGGGACCUAAAGGAAAUGCAGGUGAAGCUGGUGCAGAGGGUCCCCCAGGCCAGAGGGGCCGAGAAGGACCAACGGGAUCACGUGGAGAGCCUGGUCCUCCAGGGUUUGGAGAGAAAGGGGACAAAGGUUCUCCUGGUGAACCCGGAGGCCCCGGACCUGCUGGCACUGCUGGGCCUGUUGGGCCUAAAGGGUCAGUGGGUGGUCAGGGUGCUACAGGUAUCCCAGGAACUCCUGGCCCACAGGGUUUCAGAGGUGAAGGAGGCGCUCCAGGACCGAAAGGAGAGAAGGGACCAGCUGGACCUCCAGGAAAUAAGGGCGAGCCUGGAGAGAAAGGACCCCGCGGAACAUCAGGUGACCCAGGUCAAAAAGGACUUCCAGGACCAGACGGAACAAAGGGAUCCAAAGGACCCUCAGGUGCUCCCGGGGCUGACGGUGAAAAAGGCUCUAGAGGUGACAAGGGAUCGGAUGGGUUACCAGGUCCCAGGGGACCAGCUGGACCUCCAGGAGAUGCAGGCCUCCCAGGCAUUCCCGGGCUUCAAGGUCCACCAGGUAUACCAGGUAAUCCAGGUCAGCCUGGAGGUGAAGGUGAAGCUGGAGAACCUGGUAGAAUCAUCAAUGCAGCUGGUUCCAGUUCGGUUGCCAUCCCCGGACCUCCAGGCAUCCCCGGACACGCUGGUGUUGCCGGAUCCCCUGGACUCUCAGGUCCUGUUGGCCCUGCUGGUCUUCCUGGGAUGCCUGGUCCCAGGGGAGAAAAGGGAGAGGAAGGAGAGAAGGGAGUUCAGGGAAAGCCUGGUAUUACUGUACAGACUGUGGAAACCACAGAGAGACAUGCACCUGUGGCUAGUCUUCCUGGCCCACCUGGCCCUCCAGGGCCCCCAGGAGAACCAGGUGCCCAGGGUCUUCUAGGUAAGGGUCCCCCAGGUCCUGAAGGUCCUCAAGGAGAGACAGGUGUACCAGGUGUUGGUGUGCCCGGCCCCCGAGGAGAUAAGGGAGAGCCAGGUAGCUUCGUGCCCAACUCAGGAACCUUCUUCGCUGGGCCACCAGGACCUGCUGGCCCAACUGGCCUUCCGGGAUCACCAGGUCCCCAGGGUUACCAAGGUGACCCAGGUCAGCCCGGUUUACCAGGAGUUCCCGGUGUCGGUUUCCCUGGACCCCAGGGACAACCUGGGGGUCCAGGACCAGAAGGGGACAGUGGAAUUCCAGGUCCCCAAGGUCCAGAGGGCCCCGAGGGGCAACCGGGUCCAAAAGGUGAGGCUGGCGUUCCAGGUGCUCCAGGAAUCCCUGGCUACUCCAGUGGUGGAUCAUCCAGGAGUUCCCCUGGAGCGCCAGGUCCACCUGGACCUCCCGGCCGCGAUGGGCCACCUGGGUCUGGGUCUGGAACACCGGACGUCUGCCAAUACAUCACAGAAUACCUCAAGAGCGAUGGUGUCAGGGAGUACAUGUCGGGACCUCCGGGUCCUCCGGGUGUACCGGGGCCCCCUGGUGGUGGAUCAGUGGAGUCCGUGGACAACCUUGCUAGUCGCGUCAUCGCAUACAUCCAGAGUGGAGGUAUUGCUAGUGGGGUGCCUGGACCUCCAGGCCCGCCUGGCGCUCCCGGUGGAGGCAGCACAUCGCUAAAUGACAUCAUCAGCCUUCUACAGAGUGAGGAAGUGCGACGCUACGUCAUCGGUCCUCCUGGCCCUGCUGGUCCUCCUGGCAUCCCAGGGAUCCCAUGGAGAGGAGGCUAUGGCUUUAAUACCCAUGAGGUGGCUGGACGAGUCCUCAAUCUAAUGAAUGGUGCUGAAUACAGUGGCGUCUUGGGCGCUCAGGGGCCUCCUGGUCCACCUGGUGUCCCAGGCCCUGCUGGCCCUCAAGGCCAUGCCGGUCCUUCAGGACAGGCCCCCUACAGCGGCUCUGGAUACAGGCUGGAGGAGGUCAAGGACUACAUACAGAGUGAUGGUAUAAGAGGGGGAAUGUUUGGGCUUCCAGGCCCCCCAGGUCCCCCUGGAUCCCAGGGACACAAGGGAGAGCAGGGUAGCUCUGGGUACGGCCACGCCUUCGACCACAGGACCAGCGAGGGAAGAAGGCUGGCUGAGACUGAGACAGACUACUCCAAUAUAGCGGUCCGAGUGACUGACUACAUCAAGUACCAUGGUCUGUUGAGGGACGUGGUUGAGAACCGGUCUCAGCUGGAGAAGUCACAGGUUGUUCAAGGACCCCCAGGACCCCCUGGCCCUCCCGGUGCGCCAGGAUUCAGCCAUGUGUUUGGAUCCCAUAGUAACGCCACUGACCUUGUGGAAUACAUCAGAGCCCAUGGAAACACUGUGGGACCCCCUGGAAGGCCAGGACAGAAAGGGGACAUAGGACAUACAGGUCACAAAGGCGAGAGAGGACUAGAUGGAAUCCCAGGAAGGACAGUCCUCCCUGGUCUGGAGUGGAAAAGGGGGGGUGGAAAGGAGAACACACACUCGUGACGCACAGGAGGAGGAGGAAUGUUGGUGUUUGAGAUGAUAUGAUUGUUAAAUACCCAUUAAAAAGGUGAAUGAAAGUCCUAUGAAAUAUGUCAUGACUCAUGAGCAUACAUGUCUGGGGGCCUAAUGCCUUGGAGACAUUACCCAUGUGAAUAUAUUUUCUAUAGGAGAAACUAUUGAACAGGACAGUAUUCCAUGCGCUGAUGUAUUGUGUUAAAGAUGUCUUUACGAUCUAUUUUUUUUACUAGUGUUUGAUCUGGAGUAUGUUUCCAAUUCACCUCCUUGCAUGUUGAUAGCAAGAAUAGUUCAAAUAGGGGUGUGCUAUUUUUAUUCAAUAGCUUUUGUACCAUUAUCGUUAUUGUACUUGAGGAAAAACACAUUUCGUAUCGAACAAAACUCAAACCAUUGUCAAAAUCUUCUUUGGAUGUACUGGUAUCACUUUCUAAAAAUAAAGCUUGGUUUAUUUAA